UUCCUGUUUUAGUUCUUAAAAAAAGUUUCGCGGUAGUACUGAAUUGACUGAACUCACAUUAAAGUGAACAGCGUUUUGUUCCUCUUCCUUUACCAGUCUGUGUCACGUUAGCCUACUGCAUCGGCAGAAAAUGUGGGAAGCGUGGUUAUAACGCGGUUGAUGAUAAUCGGACAGGAUGACGGUGUGUAACUUCUUUCUACAAGGCCGAUGUCGGUACGGUGAGAAAUGCUGGAACGAGCAUCCGCGGGGCGGCGGCGGAUAUGGCAGCUAUAGCCGGCCUCCAGCGCAGUCCAGCAGUAAUCGUGGAGGUGGCGGGUUUGGGAACAAGGUGUGGGUGAAUCCGUCACAGAGGUCAUCCAGCUUCCCCAAGGGCGGGAGCAGUGAUUGGGGGAGGGGAGCGGGUGAGGACUCCAGCUUCAGCUUCUCCAACCAGAACAGAUUCUCCGCUCUGAACUCCCAGCAGAUCUCUGCCACCACCAGCCAAGGAAACGACAACGACAAAUAUGUGGAGACGGUCAGUAGAGAUAUGGAGGUGUGGGCGAGCUCCGGACAGUGGCCUUUCUCCUGCUACUCAGCUGGCAAAGCCUCCAUUUCAGGGUUUACGGAGCUGGCUCCAGAGGAGCUCCGUUUGGAGUACUACACCAGCCAGGCCUCCGGGACACUGCAGCACUAUGCAAACGCUGUCCAACAGCUAGCCAGUCAGUGGAGGAGCAGAGUACAGGAGCUGACAAACCCCAAUUCUACCACAAGGGCAGCACUGAUCGCUGAGCUGAACAGUCCUCCGUCUGCAUCUCUGGGAUUUCCGUCAGCUGGAUCAGGUUUCAGUGCUGGUGGCUCGCACACUGCGGGCGCUAGUGGUUUUGGUUCUGCUGCCCAAACUGGCCCAGCGAGCUUUGGCUCCGCCCCCACCGCCGCCUCCUUCUCCUUCAGUAACCCCACCUCCUUCGCCAAUCCAUCGCCCAGUAAAGACGCCCCUGCUGGGUUUGGGACAGGCGCUGGCUUUGGGGCGGGCGCUGGGUUUGGGGGGGGCCCCGGGGUUGGGGCGGGCGCCGGGGUUGGGGCGGGCGCCGGGUUUGGGGGGGGCGCCGGGGUUGGGGGGGGCGCCGGGGUUGGGGGGGGCGCCGGGUUUGGGGGGGGCGCCGGGGUUGGGGGGGGCGCUGCAGGGUUCAGCUUUGGGGGCUCCUCGGCCACGCCCCCUGCAAUGGGCGCCAGUGCUUUCGGACAGCCUGCCAGCGGGGCGGGGCCGGCCGUCAUGGGGGGGGCAGACCAGCUCUUCACCCCCCAGGGGGACCUCUCUGCUGAGGAGCUGAAGGAGUUCACAGAGAGGAGGUUCACCCUGGGCCAGGUGCCUCUCAGACCGCCCCCUGCUGACCUGCUGGUGGUAUAGCAUCCCCACACUGCCCCCUUGUGGUGUUAUAGUAUCAUGCUGGUGGUACAGUAUUUGCUUUAGACAAUGGGGAGAGGGGGGUGAUAUCUUUUUUUUUUUUUUUUAAUUGUAUUUUGUUUUUAUUGGGUCAAUAAAUGAUUGUACACA